AUGGCUUCUGAUUAUUUGUGGUUUGAAGAUAUUGCUUUCCCUCAAACAGGUUACAAAACUGAAGAUCUGAGAUCGGUCAGAGAUGAAUUUGUGGUGAGGGAUGGUGAUGUGAUUACACUCACUUACCCAAAAUCUGGAUCCAAUUGGAUGAUUGACAUCAUCAGUCUCAUCCACUCCAAUGGAGAUCCCACCUGGGUCCAAUCGGUUUUCAACUUUGAACGUUCACCAUGGUUAGAGACUGAAACUGGGUAUGAAGCUGUAAAAAAUAAGAAAGGCCAACGCUUCUACUCCUCCCACCUUCCCAUUCAACUCUUUCCCAAGUCAUUUUUCAAUUCCAAGGCCAAGGUAAGCAGAAAUCCAGAGACGUUUGAACAAUACUUUGAAUGGUUUCUCCAGGGAAAUGUGAUCUAUGGAUCAUGGUUUGACCAUGUUCGUGGCUGGCUGUCAAUGAGAGGAAAAGAGAAUUUCCUGAUGAUGUCCUAUGAGGAGCUGCAUCAGGACAUAAGAGCCAGUGUUGAGAAGAUAAGUCAGUUCUUGGGGAAGAAGCUAAGUCCUGAGGAACUCAACUCAGUUGUCAAGAAUGUAUCUUUUAAUGUCAUGAAAAAUAACAAAAUGAGCAAUUUUUCCCUCAUGCCAGAUACCACUCUUGAUCACAGCAAAGGACAAUUGAUGAGAAAAGGAAUCGUUGGGGAUUGGAAGCAUCACUUCACGGUGGCCCAGAGUGAAGCCUUUGAUAAAAUAUACCAAGAGAAGAUGGCAGGACUUCCUCAAGGGCUCUUCCCAUGGGAAACAUGA